UAAGACGCUGAUUCAGAUACCACCGACAAUCACAUCACCUCAUCUCACCUGUACCUCACACCCUCCAUACCUCAUCUCACCUGUACUUCACACCCUCUAUACCUCAUCUCACCUGUACCUCAAACCCUCCAUACCUCAUCAUGCCGGGACACCGUAAGUCCCUGAAACCAGACACCAAGAAACAAACCCAACAAAAAAAGGAAGCCGAGAACCCUGAAACCAACAUCAACUCCACGGAUAUGCCUGAGGAUGGAGACGAUGCGUUCCUAUCUCCGGAGGAAUCUAAUUGGUCAGAUCAGAUGGGGUCAUGUGACCAGGAUGAGUCAGGGUGUGGAGCGUGUACUCAGCUCCUCAAGGGGUCUAUCACUACCUUCAUGACUAGUGAUAAGUUUCUGGAGAAGUACCCGGAGAGGAUUGAGGGAUUCAACCUGUACGACUACCACAAUGACGGGUACAUAAACAGUGAUGACCUGGGGAGUGCCCUCGCUGCAGUGGGUUACAUUGUGUCAGAGGGCGAACUAGCUGUAGUGAGCGAGCACCUCAACAUAAACCGUGGAACUGACCUUCACUUCAGCACCUUUACUGCUGUUAUAGCUCACCAGAUAAUGGCGUGUAGUGACGCACAGAUCAUGGAUGCGUUCAGGAUGUUCGAUAAGGAGGGCCGAGGAACUAUUGAUGCAAAGGAGUUAAAGCACAUAACAACAGUAUUAGGAGUACAAACGGAUGAGGAGCAGAUAGAUGAUAUGGUUAGAGAGGUUGAUGUUGACGGAGACGGGGAUAUCGACUUCCAAGAGUUCGUUAUGAUGAUCAGAAAAUGAGGGAUUUUAUACCCAAUUUUUGGGGUAGGCGAUAUGUGACUUAAAUCUUCUGUAAAUUUUGUAACGUUUUAUUUGUGAUAUUUUGGGGUUCGUACCAGUUUAAACACUGGACUUGUAAAAUGCGGUACGAGAUUUUAUUUAGGUUGCUUGCUUACACAUUUCAUAAUUGUUCUAUUAUAUUUCAGUGGAAAUUAAGCAUGUACGUGACUGAAUGAUAUGUGACUAAUUAAAAUUGUAUGGGGAGCGUUAAAAAAUAACUGAGUUGUUUUAGCUAAAUUUGCUAAUGCUCUAAUGUCCCUGUCAUGGUUAUGUAAGAAAUGCUGACAAACAU